AUGCAGUUUGACUACCGGAUCCUUGCAGCAAGCAAUUUGCCUCCUACCGAGUCUCAAAUCGACGAGAUAAAGGCCCUUCUGCGGGAGGAGUCCACCAAGGAGGAAUCUCUGGAACUGGAAAUUCGGAGGAUACAAGAAGAACUCCAUCGCUUGCGUUUGGCAACGGUCGCCCAGAAGCGCAGAGUCAGUGACUACAAAGCCAUCCUUUCGCCAAUCCGUUCGCUGCCAGCAGAAAUCAUCGCCCAUAUCCUUCUUCUGUGUGCAGAGGAUAGAGGUGGCCAUCAUCUCCCAUUCCCAGCGAGGUAUCUCGUUCUCGGACAGAUAUGUUCCCGUUGGAGAGCCAUUGCCCUCGCCACACCUGAUAUCUGGGCGACCAUCCAGAUCCACGUUCAGUCAAGGUCCUCAGUCAAGAAAAGCAUCCAGGUUGCCCACGUCUUUGCAGAGCGCUCCCAACCUCGGCUUCUCACCUUGGAUGUUUCUUGCAACCACUCCCAUCACCAAGUGUCGAACUUCCUUCCAACCCUGCUCAACGAGCGCGUGUCCAGUCGCAUCCAUUCGUUGAGACUACGCGUUCCGGAGCGCUUCAUUACCGGUCCCGGGGAGAGUCCCAUCCGCCAUCCGUUUCCCAAGCUGGCCCACCUGGACUUCUGCGGGCUCUCGCGACAGUUCUUCCACCCCACGGCUUACCUCGUUGAUCCACCAAUCAUGAUGAUGGAAAAUCCAUUCAUAGCCGGCUCGUCGCUGACCACCCUCAAGGUUGAAUAUCCAUCACCACUCCAUACACCUAGUUGUUACUUUGGGCUUUCCCUUCCCGAUACUUCACAGUCGUGGUCCAACAUCACGAGCAUCAUCUUAGGGGAGGGUGUCCUGUUCGAAACCCACCAAUUCUUCUGGAUUCUCGAGAAGUCAGCCGCAAAGUUGGAGCGAUUCGUCGCUUCGGAGGCUCUUUUCGAUGCCUCCAUAUCUACUUCACUUGCGGCCCCCAUCGUUCUCCCGCAUCUCCACACAUUCGCCGUGCACCUCUCUGAGGAGGACGUCUCGUUCAUUAACCACCUCACCAUGCCGGCCCUCAAGUCACUCUCGAUCGCUUUCCAGCGAGACCUGCCAGCCUCUCCCAGCGACGUCCUCGACCGGCUUCGGGAGCGCUCCCAGUUCUCGCUUUCUACAUUCAAACUUAUCAACGGCUGCCUCUGGUCAAUCGACAAAGCUGAUGUCCUCGAGGGUCUGUUCGGGCAUUUCUUCCCAGAAGUAGAGGUCCUCGAACUCGACUCACGAGCCCUGGAGACGAGCCUCAUUUUCCAGUCGCUUCGCCUCCGCUCGCACGAAGCCCCCUUCCGAGAUGCAGGAGAAGAGAACCUUCCCAAGCUGCGCAAACUUUCCAUCCGCCUCGACAGGGAAUACGAUGCCGGCAUCAUCUCCGACUUCCUCCUCUCCCGAACCAUCUGCCCUUGCCGCGACCACCAUCGCCAAGGUGGCUGCCCAUUCGCCAUCUUCGAAGAAAUCCAACUCUUGACAACCAAUACUCGCUACCUCGAACGGCAACUGCAGAGGUUCACCGAAAACGAAGAAUAUAUCGCUAGUGCUCGUGCUCCUAUUCGCAUCAAGUGCAUAGAGGGUUGA